AUGUUCGAUAUCUCUGCUCUCAUCACCUCUAACAAACUGCUUUGCUUCCUCCUCAGAGACAUGAAGCCAGAGAACAUCCUGCUGGACGACAACGGACACAUCCGCAUCUCUGACCUGGGCCUGGCUGUGAGGCUGAGCGAGGGCUCGCUGGUGAAGGGCAAGGUGGGCACCGCAGGGUACAUGGCCCCCGAGGUGAUCGGACACAAACACUACGGGCUGAGCGUGGACUGGUGGGGUCUCGGCUGUCUGAUCUACGAGAUGACGGCGGGGAAGCCCCCCCUCCGACAAAAAGGAGAACAUCCCAAAGCCGCGGAGAUGGAGAGGAGGAUCCAGAACGAACCGCUGGAGUUCGGGAUGAAGUUUGGGAAAUCUGUGAAAAACCUCUGUUCCUCCCUGCUGAACAAAGACCCCAAGGAGCGUCUGGGCUGUUUGGCUUCGGGGGGGAAAGACGUUCAGGAUCAUCGUUUCUUCAGGAAAGUAAACUUCCGGAUGCUGGAGGCCGGACUCGUCGAGCCGCCGUUCAAACCUGAUGCAA